GUAGCGCAUGCUGAAAGCCGCCCCGCCGCAUAUCGAUCCGUCCACGGGCCCGAGCUUUCUCUCGCUUCUCUUCACAAGCCUCGCGAACAUCGCUAGCCGAACAACCGUGUUCUGGCGUACGUACAACACGUAACGGAGUUUAAUCGGUCGUCAGGAAGUGCACUAGGAAGUGGGAUCAGCAGCAACAGCAGCAGUAGCAGCAGCGGCAACGUGAUGGCACGUCGAGGCGAACACUGCAGGGCGAUUUUCCUACUGUGGUGUGUCGCAAGCUUAGCGUUUAGUGUUCCCGUCCCUUCGCCGAUCCCGCGACAAGUGGACGAGCAACGUUACACCACACGCAGAAUGUCGAAAAUCAUUGUGGAUUACCCUACACCAAAGACGAGACUGCCGAUAGUCAAUUCUGAAUUCAAAACAACCACGAUUGUGCCCUCAACCACGUCGACUACGCACAAACCGAUCUCCACGAAACAACCCUUAUAUCGGCUGGACGGAAGCAAUGGACAAGCUUGCAUUCUUCUUCAAGUAGAUGCGCUUAUCACUAUCAAGUAUCGCACGAAACUUGGCGAGGAUCAAGAAGCGGAUAUCUAUGUACCUGAUGAGGCGACUGUGACCGGAAAUUGCGAUAACGAAAACACGGUGACAAUGUCAUUGAAAUGGGAGGCCUUCGUACUAUCUUGGAGCUUCGCUAAGACGCCCGGUGGUGAACGCUGGUAUGUCGAGAAAAUUGAACUGACCUAUAACUCCAGUGACAAACACUUUGAACAUAUUGCUCAGCCAAACAAGACUAUUCGACUAAGUACCGGCCAAAAACAUAGCUCCAUGUUGUUUCCAACACCAGUCGGCAAAUCGUACGCUUGUUCCGAAGAAACCGAGAUUCCGCUUACCGACGGCAAAAAUCAUGCCAGCGUACUUUUGAGAGACAUGAAGCUGCAACCGUUCAAGUUCAAGAACAACGAGUUUGCUGCCGAGUUUUCGUGCACCUCGCUGAGCGCACGAGCCAACAGGGACGAGACUGCGCCAGUCGCGGUCGGUUCCACACUGGCUGCUGCGGUCCUCCUGACGAUCACCGGUUACGCGGCCUAUCGAUACUUGAAGGUGAAGAAGGUGAAGUACGAUACGAUGGAGUAAAGAAUACCCGAGGAUCUCACUCGUCGAUGCCAAAAGCACAUAUCGCCAAAAAUCGACAUCGUUCGCGAACGAGCGACACGUAGCUUUUUCCCCGCACUUUACGCUAAUUAACUCGGAAAGGAAAAAGAAA